GUGAACUUUGAUCCAACUUGUGUUCGCUACUAAUCAACAGUCAGAGAACUGAGAGAAGUGAAGAUAUAUACACAUGUAUACACAUCUAUCAUAUAUAUAAUCAGUGCGACUGACGAGGAGACGCCAUGAAGAGACGAGUGGUUCAGCAGACUCCUUCAACUUCCGGAGUUGCAGCAGCUCAGAGAACUAAGCAGAGGAAGGAGGAGACAUUGUCCCGAUGGUGGCUGAAAAGAAGCUUAUUGGCCUUCUUUUUCGUCUUCAUACUGGUGCCCGCCUUGCCUCGCCUCCCAGAUUUAAUUCAGCACUUUGUUUACACUCACAGAGUCAGGCUACCGUUCUUCCAUGACCUCCGCCAACCUGCUGAUCUCUCCCUUAAUCACACAAUCAACAUGUACUUGACAUCAGAGGAGGGAAUCUCCCUCGGCGUAUGGCACACUGUCCCUGAAAGUCGGUGGAAGGAGGCACAGGGGAAGGACUUGGCGUGGUACCAGAACACUUUAAGCGAUGGAAGGCCAGUUUUCAUAUAUCUUCAUGGGAACACGGGCGCAAGGGUAGCCCCUCAUCGGGUGGGAGUGGCAAAAAUAUUGAGUGCACUUGAUUUCCACGUACUGGUGCCUGAUUACAGAGGGUUUGGAGACUCCACUGGGGAGCCGACUGAGGCCGGACUGACCACUGACGCCCUCUACUUGUACAACUGGGUCAAAGCUCGCAGUGGAAACAGCCUGGUUGUCGUCUGGGGACACUCUCUUGGCACCGGUGUGGGCACCAACACUGCAGCAAAACUGAUUGAGCAAGGUGUAGUUCUUGACGGUGUCAUCCUGGAGGGUGCAUUUAAUUCUGCUAAAGAGCCGCUUACAGAUCAUCCAUUUUCUUGGUAUUACUGGAAAAUUCCAGGUGCUGGAUACUUUUUCCCGGAACCAUGGGCACAAAACAAGAUGGUUUUCCCUACUGAAGAAAAUUUGAAGAAAAUGAAAAGUCCAAUACUUUUCCUUCAUUCAGAGGACGAUCACCUAGUUCCCAUUCAGGUUGCUCAGCAGAUGUACGAGGUGGCAGUGAGUGCCCAGAAUGCAGAGCAAGUGAAGAUAGUUUCAUUCGAAGGUUCUCUGGGGUACCUUCACAACGGCUUGUACCGAGACCCUCGUCUACCAGACAUCAUUAAGAACUUUGUGCUGUCGUUGUAAUGAGGGCAAGACGAUGGACACCCCCCAAAAAAACACGCCACAUUCCAGAUGAUUUCAUUUCAAUAUUUGUAAUUUGUCUUUACCGCUGCAUAUGUAUAAAUAUAAGAUCCACAAUGUUUGUGUUGAAUACAAAUAAAAUUGUUUAGCAGAUUCAA